ACAAUUAACUUCCUAGCAACGAUACACAAUGCAUGAGUGACUAUCGCGGGGUAAGGAACUUGUCGCGAUCUUGAAGUUGAUCUCGAAAAUACUCACUCAUACUUUGUUGACUAGGCCUAUGCUUUUGCUUACGGAGGAGGACAACUUUUAGUAAUGAUUCCCUGAUACAAAGAUGGAAUAAUCAGCUCUCUUUACCCUAACACAUUCGUCACCCAUUUUUAACUGAAGAUAAAUUGCAUCACAAGUGACAAAAUCAAGAAGGAAAUUUUUUCGAGCAAGAUGGCGAGUCAAGUCGCACAACCGACAGACUUGACUCUGCGCCCAGGCACAGGUAUCCUCUUCACCCCAAGGCAGAUCCUCAAGACAGCCAAACAUUCAAGGUCAGGGAGCAAGUUGUCACGCAAGUCAUUUGACCUUGGAUUUACCCCUUCUGGGAGAGCUGCAUCAUCAAGUCCCAACCUCAGCCCACCACUCCCAAGUGCCUCUUUGGAUGCCAAACUCAGUGUGAUUGAAGUUGAACAGAUACUGAGGGAGCAAAUCAAGAAAUUCUAUACAGAUCUCAAACAGGCAUGCCAAAACUACGACAUCGACCAGAGCCUGACCAUCACUAAGGGCGAGUUGCGGCGUGUCCUUGACACCUUCUGUCUGCCGAUGACCACCGAUCAGUUCAAUUCCGUCAUGGCCAAAGUACCGACCAACACCAAUGGAACGGUCAACUAUUGCAUGUUCCUUGACCGCUUCAUAAACACUGGAGCCGUCUCGAGGGAAUCUUGGAAGAUGGGAUCGGGAUACAAGUACAGCUAUACAAAAUCCCCUGCUGACAUGGGUAUUGACGUCAUCGAACGCCAACUCAGGGAUAAGAUCGCUGUCAACACCAAAAACUUCAUGAAAGCCGUACGCCUCUUCGACUACAACCGCGAUGGCAGGAUCCAGAAACACGAGCUGCGUAAAGUGAUUGAAAACUACUGCUUUAGAAUGACGGACGAACAAUACGAUAGGUUGUGGGCUAGAUAUGAUUUCCACCAUAGUGGGAUAGUAAACUACUAUGACUUCCUACAGAGACUAGGUGUUCUGGUCCAAAAACAUUCAAAGGCCUUCCCUGAACAUGGAAAAUUUGCACAAAGCUGGAACCAACGGCAAGAUGACCGAACCAAGCAUGUCGAACAAAUGGCAAUCAUUAACAGAACAGAUGAUGCAGUGAGAGGGAUGAGCUAUAAACAACUUGAAGCAGAAUUCAGAAACAGGAUGAAAGAUAAUUAUGUGAACAUCAAGAAAGCAUUCAUGGCGUUUGAUAAGCGUCAAGACGGAUUUAUCACCCUCGAUGAUCUUAAGAGUGUUCUCAUUCAUUUCACGCUCCCAAUGUCAGAUCAGCUAUUUGCACAACUUAUGGAAAGGAUUGGUUUCAAGGCUUCUCACAAGAUUCCGUGGGAGCAUUUCCUGGAGAAGUUCCUGGAUCCUCGGAUAGAAGGGAACGGACAGACCAUCCCGAUCAAGUGGAACCACAGGGUCAACCCCAUACGAGAAGGGGAUGGGGAGAUGGACGCUGCUGAGAUCUUAUCUUUGCUUCAUAAGCAUGUCACCAACAUGUAUCCAUCCAUCAAAGAAGCUUUCUUGGCAUUUGAUCAGAAUCGUGAUGGAAAGGUGACGAGAAAAGAACUACGUAAGAUCAUGGACAAGUUCACUAUACGACUCACCGAUGCCCAAUUUAAGGUCAUCGUAGAGAAGCUUGACCCAGAGAAAAACAAUGCCAUCGACUAUCAUGACUUCUUGGGACUCUUUGAAGUCAGAGAAACAGAGGAGGGUCACAAGUGGCUGAACUCUGAGCACAGAUGGAAUGACGUCGCGCCCGCCAACCUCGCCUGGGAGACCAUUGAAGAGAUCCUGCGGGAGAAAAUCGAGGAGCACUGGAAAUCGAUCAGCGCCCUCUAUAAACAGGCCGACCCAGCUGGCACCGGAGCCAUCUCCUUGCCCCAGCUCAGGAAAAUCCUCAGCAAAUGUGUGCUACCGGUCGCAGAAGAUCACUUAGAAGAUAUGUGGCUCCGAUGUGAAGAAACAGAGGGCAAGAUCAUGUUUGGUGAUUUCCUGCAGAUGUUAAAGGUCGAAGUGUCACCCGGUGACCUGGUCGGCACCAGUACCCACAUCCAAGUCUUGAGUGACCUCAACGAACAACAAAGACAAGUGGAUGUAGAUACAAGAUUGCACCAGAUUCAAGUGAACGCCCUGAACCGCACCACACUCAUGAAUGCUGAUGAGGUCAUACUAAAGCUGAAGGACCGUAUGGCACAAAAAUCCAGCAAACUUAGAGAUAAUUUCUUGAGAUACUGCAAGGAUCGACGGGGCAAGCUUUCCAAGAAAGAAUUCAGACAGGUUAUUCAGAGUUUUGGAAUGUACAUGGACGACGACCAGUUUGCCCUGCUCUGCAAACAGCUUGGCUUCGACCGGGGAUCACUCACCUAUACCGACUUUAUAGACUCCUUUGAAGACAUGAGGAUCGGUGGACCAGGCCAGGAGAUCACCCGAUCCCCUAACCAUUGGUGGAAGAAGCUUGAAAGUCAACACAUGUCUGCAAAGGAGAUGCUCGCUAACCUUGGUGACAAGAUGAGGCAAGCCUUUGGGGACUUGCGAUCAACGUUCUACAAAUUGGACGAUGACCAUGAUGGCAUUGUUCGUCGACAAGAUUUCCAGCGUCUCGUCGAUCAGCUCAUGUUCAUCAGUACGGAAGAUGAAUUCAUCAAACUUAUGAGUGCCCUUGGCAUCUCUAAGAAGACUAGACUCAAUUACCAGGAGUUUUUAGACUUGUUUGAAGUCCGUGAUUCGCCGGAGGGUCACAAGUGGUUAGAUUCUGAUCAUAGGUGGAACACAACAAUCGACCCUGCCCAGCUUGCCGCAGAACAAGUCCACGAGAUCCUUGCUGCAAAAGCCCAGAGACAAUAUCAUGACCUGGCCAAGGCGUUUAGGUCCAUUGAUAAGAACGGCAAUGGCGUCAUCAUCAAGAAAGAAUUGAGAGAUCUUCUGUAUACCUUCAUGUUACCGAUGACCAAGGAUGAAUUUACAAAGCUCUGGGCCAUAUACGACCCGAAUGGCAAGGGUUACAUCGACCAUCAGCACUUCCUGAAGAUGAUGGGCAAGGAAUUUGCUCCGGGAGACGACGGAGGUGUCAGCAAACGCAUCACACAGGAAUCCUCAGAUACACUGGAGAGCCACCAUCAAGCACAACUUGAUAAACAAAUCAAUAUCACCAUCAACCAAGCCUCAAAGGGAGCCUUCAUCUCGGUGGACAAGCUCCUGCAGGAUCUCAAGGACAGGAUGAGAGACAAGUACGGCACCUUCCAGGAGGCCUUCGCUCAGUUGGACAAGAGCAAGACCGGUCGGAUCACCAUCACGGAGCUCCAGGAUGUCCUCCUCAGUCAUAAUUAUCUGGUGGAUGAUGAUACCUUGGAGAAGUUCUUGAAGAGGAUCAGACUACCCACAAACAAGAGCACCUUGAACUAUGAGGAAUUCCUGAAGGCAUUUGAUGAAGGACGAGAGGAGAGGUAUCAGAAGAAGAACCUACCUGAGGUCCGUCCUGAGAUGUUCUCCGGUCUUACCUCAGACAAGGCCCUGCGCAAGCUGAGGAAGCAAGUGCAGCAGAAUGUCUCAACAUUACAAGCUGCAUUUGGUGCCUUUGACAAGGACAAGCGGGGUCGGUUGAGUCCCGGUGAUUUCCGUCGAGUCCUGGACCACUUCUGCUUUAAGAUGACAGACAAGCAGUUCAAGUCCCUGAUGAGCAAGCUGCGGGUGAAUUCUGACCUCACAAUCAGCUACCCAGCAUUCCUUGAAGAGUUCUCGGCCAAUGAACAAGAGCUUGCUCAGAACUGGAUCGAGUCUGUCCAGAAGAGUGAUGCGCAGAACAACAACCACCAUUCGCCGACAAUGGACGAAAUCAAGCAAGACCUCAGGCAGCUGGUCAAGGCACGCUUCUACCGCUUCGCCGAACGUUUCGCCGAGAUCGACUACGCCAACAUUGGCGUCGUCGCUCAUGAUGACUUCAAUGCGAUCCUCAAUGAGCUUGCCUUUAGAUUGAGCAUAGAUCAGUUCAACAAACUGUGGUCUUCUUUCGAGCUCAACUCGUACGGGAACCUGGACUACCAGGCCUUCUUGAAGGAAUAUGGUGAAUGGGAAGAUGAUGUGUUCCAGGAAGGGGAUGAAUUCUUGUCCCAGACCAAAGGAAGUAGACCUGGAUCUAUCAUGAAAGGACCUGGAACUCCUCUAGUACCCAUGACACCAUUGAGCAGGAUGACCUUCACGCCUGCAGGUCGUAGGUCCAUGACCCCGCUGGUCAACGCAGAGAACGCGGAACACAGGCUAAAGAGACAGAUCCAGAAACACUGGCAGGAAGUCCAUCGUCUCUGCAAGCUCCACGACCUCGACAACUCGGGCGAGGUGGAGGUUGAUGCUUUCAGAGAAAUCUUGUCACAGUUUAAUGUCUCGAUGACCGUAGAGGAUUUCAGCAAGCUGGUGACAAAGUUCGAUCUCAAAGAAAAUGGAAAGUUUUCAUAUCUGGAGUUCUUGAAACACUUCAUGUUGAACCUGAAGAAGAUCAACGAGGAGCCUGAACAUAGAACACUCUUAAGCAGAGAGAAGAUACACCAGUCAAAGAUUGUAAUCAAACCCGAAAGUCGCAUGUCCGGCGCCACCAUGGAGGCCAUGCUCCGAAUCCGCGACACCAUCGUCAACAACUGGAAGAAGAUGCGACGCACGUUCCGCCUCCUCGACCCCACGGCGGACGGCGUCAUCACGACGAACCAGUUCCGCGACACGCUGCGUCAGUUCAGCAUCAAUCUGUCGGAGGAGGAGUUCUAUCAGCUGACGACGUACUACGAUAAAUCCCUUCAGGGGAGAAUUCCGUAUAAUGAUUUCAUUAGGGCGUUCCUGCAGUAAACUAUAGCUAUAGACUGACAUGAAGUUUGAACGCUCUCCUGAGGAAUUUCUUGCAUGAGAUGUAGGAAACAAAUCUUAAGAGAGAACAGUUUGCACCCCUUAAGAGAUUUCAUGGGUAGGAAUAGACGUAUGUUCUCUGAACUUUCUUGAGGUUCAUACAGAAAUGUAAGAUAGCAAGGAAAGAUGAUCCUUUCUUGUGAGCUGCCAUCGUGUGUGUACAUGCCCAAGGAAAGAGGGAGGUUCAAGAGGUAGUAGACCCAAAAGUGAGAACUUGCCUUCGAAGGGAACCAAUAUAAUUUUUCAAAACUAAGAAGUAUUAUCAUAGGUACUUUUCACAAAGCUCAUUGAUCGAUUGUAGGGCUGAUCUUUGCGCUUGAUUGCAUUAAUCACUAUGUGCAAUCAAGCAUACUAAUCAACAAAACAAUCAAUUGCUUUUGGUUUGUGAAAGGUGCACCUGGUUACCAGAAACAUUGAGCCUUAAUUGGAAAGGAACUCACUAGAUUUUUCAAGCACAAACCCAAGAAUGGCAGAAAAUCUUCCAAAUGGCUUUGUAAAUAUUGAUCUUCAAGCCAGCCUCCUCUUCAUCUUCAAAAUUCUUGCUUUUUGUAGUAAUUUACUAAUAAAGGCUUGAAAUUAAUGGAGCUUUGGCAAAUGUUUUAUUUGAUAAAUGUGUCAUAUUUUCAGAAUUUCUUUCCUUCAAGAAGAAUUUUUUUAUAUCAUCAGUGGACUUUCUUAUGACUUUGACCGGUAACACAAAACCCUUUAAGAGCAAUUAUUGUACAUUAUUUUUCAUGAUUGAUUACAUUAAGCACAAAGUACAAUCAAUCAUUAAAACCUGAGUAUAAUCGAUUGCGAAGUGUUGUGAAAUUUUGGGGCCCCCCGAUUAUUCGUUUUGAAGUAUUAAAGCAGUACUUCUGCUUUUGAUUGUAGUAUUAUCAUCUUCAACUUAGUCAGAUACUGUAUAUAUUCAAUCAAUUAGAUUUAAUACCAAGGCCUCUUAUCAUAAAUCUUAGCAAUUGAUUGCAGGGGAUGAAUUCUAUGAUUGAUCAUGCACAACACUCAAUGCAAUCAAUCGUAGAAAUCAUCUCUACGAUCGAUCGCUAAGCUUUAUGUUACGGGGCCCUGGGAUUUGUAUAAGUCAUUGAGAUGGUAAUGGUGUUGUGCUGCACUGAAACAGACAAUCAUAUAUCUGCAUAGCUCCAUCUAUUGACCAAGAAAGGCCAGUCAAUGUCACCUAAUACUGAUGUAGACAGAACAUUCGAUAUUUCUUAAAGGAAGAUGAUAAAUGUAGAAACUGUUAUUAUGCAUACAUUCCUAUAUGUUAUAUAUAUAAAUAGUCCCGAAGAUGUACUUUGUGUUAUUAUACAGAUGAAAUGAAAGAUCAAUUUUUUUCUACUGAACUUGUAUGAACGACAAAGCUAUUAUUUGGUUAUUAUGUUUUCUCUGUAUAUUAUCCACCAUUUGUGGGCAUUUCCAGCUUCUAUCAUAGCGCACAAACAACAAUGAGGCUGACAUAUUACUUGAAAGAAGUGCUUUACAAACAAAUGUUAGGGUGGCCGAUAGCCAAGGAUGAGAGCGCCGUCUCUGGGCUAGCGACCUCUACUAUGAACCAUGCUAAGAAUUUAUGGACAAUAUGAAUAUAUUUAUUUUAUCAUUAUUGUGUAAAGAAUGUACAGCUAAAUGUUUAAAUUGCCUUGUAAAUAUGCUUAAAUGGUAUUCCUUAUAAUGGGCCCCGUCUUAAAAAGAGUUGCGAUUGAUCUGAUCAACCUCAACUACGGAAAGCCAGCAACGCCCACAUCUAAAAUGCAUGUUUGUGCAAACUAUUUUCAAGAAAUGAUGUAUAUUGCAUGAAAUCAUUGUUUUCUUAACAAUUUCGUGUGUUCGUCUUUGUGUACAAAGAACACUGCAAAUUUCCUGCAGAAAAAAAUAUGACACUGAUGGAUUUCCAUAGAGUUACGAUUGAUCGGAUCAAUCGUAACCUCUUUGUAAGACGGGUCCCAAGCCUUUAUCUGGUACAUGUACCUGAAUAAGUGUGCUUGUUAUGAUUGGCUGAUAUUCAGCAAGCGAGGGCACCAUAAUCCUUUGUAGGAAAAAUAAAAUGUGUGUGGGUUGAAGGUUAGAAUAAAUCGUUUUGGUGGUAUAGGGAGCAUUUCAUGAAACGAAUUGUGGGUUAUUUUCAAUGACUAUUUGUUCUAAGCUACUGAAAUCCUUGCAUCUGAUUGGCUCAGAGCAAAUUUGUUAGUAAAAAGCACUGACGAUGCUUUAUGAAACACUCACCUUGUUUUAAGUCAAGGUAUACACAGCGCAGAUAAACAGUGAUGAUCAAAUGAAUAGGUGAAAAAGGUUUGCUUGACAUACGUACAUGUAUUAAUUACGUUAUUAAUGAAUGUUUACAAAGUUUUAAUAGACAACUGUUCCUAAUCAGCAUUAUUCUUUAACGAUCAAUUUUUUACUCAAUUAAUUGCACUCCUGUUAGUUUACUUUAUUCAAGUGAAAUUUGAAUUUACUUCACAGUGGCACCUCAUACUGAUACACGGGAUGUUUUCAUCUCAGGAUAGCUUUUGAGCUGCUGAAAGUGAUUGUUCAAGGUUCAAGGUUGACUGUAUAUCUAAAGGUAGACUUUAGUAAAUGUUAGAGGUUUAUGAACAAAUUUUUGCCAAUAUGUUCAAAGCAAAUGUUAGAGGGUGCCUUUAAAAUUUGCAUUUUAGACGUCUCUUGCUUCCUAAUGCAAAGCUGCAAAGCCUGCUUGUCACAUAAAAUGCAUAUGAAUUUGAGUGAGAUUGUAAACUUAUACAAACAAGUUAAUGAACAAAUACAUGUAUAUUUGCCAAUAUUUCACAUACCAAAGAUAGCAUAGCAUGCUUCUUUUUUCACUUAGCACUUAGGGAAUUUGCAGAAUCCUAAUUUUGUGCAUUUAUUUAUAUAUUUGUAUCAAUUUGAAGUUUAUAUCCACUAAUUUAAGUGAUAUUCCCGACAUUGUCAAAAUUCAUGGAAUGUUACGUAAUGUGGCAUAUAUUUCACAAUGAGCUCUGUAUAUACAUGUAUUUCUGUUGCAUGGCAGCAGAGAUUACUAUAUAUCUAGUUAUUUUACAAGUGGAUGCGAUCGACACAAUAUCGGUAGUGCCUUGUUACUUUCAUAUUAAAAAAAGUAAAUACACAUGAUGUUAUUUCUUUAAUAGCAUUAAAGUCCCACUUGAUAUUAGUGAAUAAGUGCAUCAAUCAAAGAUUUUGCUUUUGAAAAUAUGAUAUUGAUUUAUAUUCAGUGUGCUUUCAUCAUAAACCAUUCCGUCCAAAUCAAUGUGAUAAUUUCAAGUGUUCUUUAAAAGUAUUAUGUUUACAUACCACCGAAACAUCGUGCCUAUAAAUAUUAUCUCCAAUAGAUGAUGCCUUGUUUGUUUGUUUAUUUAUAUUGAGGAUUUUAAAUAGUUUUAUUAAGUAAUAUUUUACAUUUCAACUUCCUGAUGAUUGCUGCUUCAACAUAUACAUUUUAUUCCGUCCAUUGUGUAAAUAUUUGCUCAAUGUCAUUCAUGCAAUAUUAUCAAAUUGUCACAAGCACCUUGUAUUUGAUAUUUAAUUAAAUUUAUAUGAAGAAAUAUUGCAUUUGAGAACUAGUCUCAACACAUUAUUUUUAAACUUUCACAAUUAUAUUUGACAGAAAAUUAUUAAUUUAACAUUCUUAUAAUUAUUUGUCAUAGUAUGAAUGAUCACCAUUUGUACAUGUACAGUUUAUCGCCAGGCGUGCUUCAGUUGCUUUUGAUUAAAUGCUAUUGAACAAAGAUGUCUAAUUACAGUAUUACUCAUCUAAUUCUUUUAUAUGAAAAUUAAUCAUCUGUAUAUUACUCUCUUUGGACUGAUAUUUUAUGCCUUUGACUGUAAAUGUACAUGUAUGACAUUCAAUUUUUUUUAAGGUUAACUGCCUUGAUUUUAGUGAAAAUUGUGACAAAUUUCUUCAUGCUGUGAAAUAAAUAGGUCUACAAUGUAUAUUAGAUUUAAAA